UUUUUUCUUUGCACAUAUUUCCACAAUAAUUACCAGCGCACGAAAGUGAAAAUCCUUGAAAGUCACAGAAUGAUAUCAUCCGCCGUCGCGUGAACAGUGAAGGUCUGGUCGUGUAGCAGGCAGUUACGGAGGCAUCUUGAAUAAGGAGAAUGAAUGAUAAUCCGGCGAUUACACUGUUCGGGGGCGGUGAAAGUAUUCAGGUUGCCAACACUAGUGCUCUGCACCGUGCCGAGGAGGAAGAGCAGCUACAAGACCGAAAACGCCUCAAUGCCGAAUUAGAAGUGCAAUUUGAGAACGCCUUCGACGAUUUGAUCGAGAACGACGAUGACGAUCGAAACGACACGGUGGAAUCUUCCAAUUAUUUAUCCAACUGUUUGGAACAUCUCACCGAUUCGCGUACUCCGUUGCCGACACCAAUGACCGGAGUGACACUCGGAGAACAAAGAAUCUUGGAUGUUCACGCUAAAAAUGGUCCUAUUCUGGAGGGUGGUGGAGACGGUCAGUAUGAUCCAAAGGCUUUCCAUUGGCGCGAAAUGUACCAGUCGAAGUGUCGCGAAUUGGAACAUGUCGGUAAGCUUAUGCUUAAGAAGGAGAAAGAGUACGGCGAACUGCAGAAAAGGCUAAUGUUGGCAGAAGGAGAACGCGAUCGAGCAAAUAUGACACGAAAGCAAACACAUGACCUGCUCGUGGAUAGCAAAACAAAAAUUUCCGAACAGGAAGACAACAUCUGUAAAUUAAAAGCAAAGGUUAAAUCUGUGGAAGAGGAAAAUCUUCGACUAGAAGCCGAACUUCAGAACAAAAAUACACUGCUUCAAGAUACCCUACAUAAGUAUCGCAUGGUAGAGCAAAAUGUUGGUUUGAAAGCCGACCGCCACACAGAUCAUCUCCUAAAGCAGGCCGAAGAAAGGCAUAACGCAAAAGUUACCAUGAUGCAGCAACAGAUCGACAACUUGCGCUCGAAUUUGGACGAUCGAACUCAAGAAUUGCGCCGGUCGGAAGUACGCUACAAAGAGCUGCAAUCGCUCCGGGAUACGCUGCUAGUCGAAAAGACCGAAAUCAUACAACGAUUACAAUCCAAUCUGGAAGAAUCCCAACGACAAUGUGAAACUCUAAUGACGAAAACAAUGAAUUUGACCAGCUACAGCCAGGACAAUCUUAGGCUGAAAUCCAAACUCAACGCCCUCGAACAGCAAACACAGGAUAUGCAGUGCACCAUUAAUAAAUUAACCAAUCGACUCGAAGCUUCCAACAACGAGCUAAAGCUGAUGGAUAGUCUGGUUUGCUCCAAGGAUGCAACUGAAAUGUCGGUUGAAGAUGCCGCUUGUACGUUCGCGGCAACUCAUAAGAAUCUAGUUGGCAGCACCCCUAUCAAUGCAAAUAUGAAAAUUACUGAGGAAAAGGUAACCAAAUUGAAACACGAACUACUGAUUUGUAUGAAUGGUCAAAAGGAAAAACGAGAAACCAUCCAGCGGCUCGAAGCGGACCUAGCUGCUAGGGAGAGUGAAAUUCAACAACUGAAGAAAGAUGAAAGCCAAGCGCUGGUACAGAUGAACCACUACAAGGAGGAAGCCUAUCGUGUUAACGAAAAGUUGAAAAUUUUAGAAAAUGAGCUUGACAAGUUCUAUAAAAAGGAUAAAAACAGUUCCAGGCACGGACGUAGAUCUAGUUUUGACAAGCAGGAUGUUUUAGAAGAUAAAAUAUUUGCCUUACAGCAGGAAAAGAUGGAACUAGAAGAUAGAAUAUCUCUGCUGGAGAAAACUAAUAAUACGUUAGAAGAAAAAAAUAAAACCCUGGAAGCUAGCUCCAAUUCGCUUGACGCAGUUAAGCUUGAACUGGAGAAGCAGAAAUUUCUCCUCAGCGAUGCGCAGCAAGAAUGCGAGAGGUUGAAGAACCGAUACAUUGACCUGUCAAACAGCAAAGAUGCCGUCAGUAGAGAGCUUGCUGCUCUGAAGUCACAGGAUAUCGCAAACGAACUGUUAAUUCAAAAAGAACAGGUUUCCUCGCUAGAACGGGCUUUACGAUUGGCCGAGUUGAAAUCAUCGGAACUUAGCAAGAUGCUAGAACGAGAGAAGGCUGACCAUGAGCAACUGCUUAAAGAGUUUCACGAACGACAUCAAAGUAGUAGUGAAGCGUCGGUACAAAAGCAAGGCAAUAACAGUUGUGCGAAAUGUGUUGCUAAUUUAGUGGAGAUGUCAAAGACGGAAAUUGAAAAUUUGCAUCUACAGAACGCUAAUGCGUCGCAUUUGCGUGAGAUCAAUGAAUUGAAAGGUUCCCUGCAAAAAGCACGCGCCACCAUUGCUGACCUGCACCAAAAACUGGACUUGAAGUCGGAAAGGGACUAUUUGAUCGAUGAGCUGAAGCAGAAAGCGGCUCAGUUUGAGGAAUUUAUGCGCAAUCAGCAUAAUAAUAACAGUAGCAACAAUAACAGUAGCAGCGGCACAAGUUCAACCAGAGAUAAUGCAACGUCUCCUCCUCCGAAGCAGCAAUGCCGCGACCAAAGCGUUGGAACUUCCCCUGAGAUGCAAGAACUAAGCGAAGCAGAAAUACGGAAGAUAACUCGCGAGCAAGAGCAACGGAUACGCGAGGAUAUGGCUCGUGCUGUUGCCGCUGACAUCAAAGUUAUCGAAGAGAAAUUCAAGGCACAGUUUCUAAAGUUCGAGGCCAACAUUUCAGCACUGAAAAAUGAACUGCAUGAUCGAGUCAAUGAACUAGAAGCGAAGAGUAAGGAGGUAGAUGUGCUGAAGUUUGCCAUCAAAACCGAGCGGGAAAAAAUGACGGAACUGCUGGCGAAGAGGGACGACCACGUACGGACGCUGUUUGAUAAGCAGGACAAAGUGAUGAAACGUUACGAGGCGGAACUGAACAAUGCUCAGCAAAAAGUACAAUUUUUGGAGGGCGAACUACACGAAAAACGUCAACUCAUUCAAUCCGAGCGGGAAUCGAUGGAUCUGCUGACGAAGCAAAUCACCGAAGAGCGAAAAAUGUUCCACGAGCGUGAAAUCGAGGUGAUCGAAAAGUUUAAGGAACUUGAGAAUGAAUACAACAAAAGUCUGGAUAUGGUGACUGAGAAGUACAAUUCUGCGAAGAAAACAGCUCUUAAUUAUAAGAAAUAUGCCGAGGAUAAGGAGCAACAUAUGCUGAAGGAAUAUGAUCGCAUCAAAGAAGGCUACAACACAGCACUGUUGAAGGUGCAGAAUCGCAUGAAGGAAGCGUUGGAAAACAAGGACCGCAGUAUGAAAGAGCAUAUCGCCAAAAUUGAAAACGAUUAUCAGUCUAAGUUAAGUGUGCAGAAAAAAAGCGUUUAAAC